AUGGGUCAUUGUUGUCUCUUGUAUUAUAUCUCCCCUUGUCUUUUUCUUUUUCUGAGCUAUUUUUUUCUUGCCAAAACCCAACUUGAAAAACAAAGACUCACCAUGAACAUACUAAGGCUAUUAGCAUUUCUAGUAGCAUCUGAGGCUUGGGUGAUUCCAAGCCAAUUCAAAUUAGAGACAUUUAUGGAUACUACUCCGGCAGUUCCAUUUGAAAUCAAAGAAUGUCCGUUGAAUUUACCAUUUUCUUGUACCAAUCAAACUCAAAUCGAAGAUACUUGCUGCUUUGAAUACCCUGGUGGCGUUCUUCUUCAAACGCAGUUCUGGGACUACUAUCCACCUGUUGGUCCAGAUGAUAUGUUUACAUUGCAUGGAUUAUGGCCGGAUAGGUGUGAUGGCCAGUACGAUCAGUUUUGCGACUCUUCUAUGGAAAUCAGCAAUGUAAGAAAGAUAUUGACUGAGCAUGGUCAAGAUGGGUUGUUAGAGAAGAUGAGCAAGGUAUGGAAGAAUUUCAACGGAAACGAUGAGUCGCUAUGGAUACACGAAUUUAAUAAGCAUGGAACUUGCAUGAGUACGAUUAAGAGCUCAUGCUAUAGCGAUGACUCCAAACCAAAUCAGAAUGUUGUUGACUUUUUUCAGAAGUCAGUGGAGCUAUUUGAAGAGUUGCCUACUUACCAGUGGCUUUCUGAAAAUGGGAUUGUUCCGUCAUUGGAACAAACUUAUUCCAAAAGACAGAUUGAGGAAACACUAAGCGCUAGAUUUGGACAGCCGGUCUUCAUUAAGUGUAACAGAUACCAGGCUUUACAAGAAGUAUGGUACUUCCACCAUCUACGUGGGUCAAUUGUCACAGGCGAUUAUCAGCCAAUACCGGCGUUAUUGGGAUCCCAAUGUCCCGAGGAUGGAAUAAAAUUUAUUCCAAAGAAAGGGUUUGAACCUCCAAAGCCAACUCAUACCCAGCCUGAUGGACCUAAACCAACAGGCAAGAUUUUACGGGGUGUUCUCAAACCGGAAAGUAGUAACGGAUGUCUUAUCAGUAAUGGUAACUGGUAUUCAUCUGGUACUUGCGCUAGGUUCACCCUUUUAAAAGCCGAGUUUGGGGGAUAUAAUAUCAAGUCUUCAAAAGGAUUCUGCAAGAUAGGUAACGAGGGAUAUCUAGUCUGUGGUAGAAAUGUCACGCCUAUGCAGUUUGCAUACGAUAAAGACAAAAAAUGGGUCACAUUUGGUGGAAAAAACAAAUGGAGUGCCGAAAAAGAACCCACUCGAUUUAAACAGGUUCCUAUAUCACCCGGCUAUGAUGGUCCUAUCCAGUUUGAUCUUAAGCUUCAAGCAAACUAG